CCACAGCCUCCUCAGAAACAGACUUCUCCUCCCUUCUGGCACCUGGCUCACUGACCUCCCGCCGAGAUGUCCUGCCAGCAGAACCAGCAGCAGUGCCAGCCCCCUCCCAAGUGCCCCUCCCCCAAGUGCCCCCCAAAGAGCCCAGCCCAGUGCCUGCCUCCCGCCUCCUCAGGCUGCGCCCCCACCUCCGAGGGCGGCUGCUGCCUGGGCCCCCACAGGCGCCGCAGGUCCCACCGCUGCCGGCGCCAGAGCUCGGGCUCCUGCGAUGGUGAUGGUGGUCUGCAGUCCGGACGCUCCGGCUGUGGCCAGGGCUCUGGGGGCUGCUGCUGACCUGGCCUCCUGAUGUUGAUUUCAAAGGAAACAAGAAUCCAAGGGCCAAGGAAAAGCCCCAACCUGAGGCAUCCUUUCCCGGACACCCCACUCUCAUUUGCCCAGACUGAGCCAGGGGAUGUUCCCGCGCAGGGUUCGGAGCUCUCUCUGGAGGGCUCUUUCUGUCUGAUCUCCAGGAUCUCACAGGUCCCCACCUCCUGCACCUGCUGAUGAUCAGCAGAGCCUGUGCCUGACCCUGUGAAAAAAUAAAGCUUUUCU